UUUUCACUCAGGUCCAGCCAACGAAACAUCCGGCCCCUGUUCUCAGAGCUCUCCAGAAAGUUCUGCACCGUGGAGCGGCUAUAAGAGCCAGCCCUCUUCCUCCACCAGCCUCAGAGUAAACCGAGCGAAAGCGACAGCUACGGUAGCAAUAACAAGUGCUAGGUUGUCACCAUGGUGCACGAAACAGGCUACUACGACCUGCUGUGCGUCAGCCCCACAGCCUCAGUGGAGGAAAUCAAAAAAGCCUACAGAAAACUCGCUUUGAAAUAUCACCCCGACAAGAACCCCAGUGAAGGAGAGAAGUUCAAGCUCAUAUCUCAAGCAUAUGAAGUGCUGUCAGAUCCACAGAAGAGAGACUUGUAUGACCAAGGUGGAGAACAAGCAAUCAAAGAAGGAGGCAUGGGUGGAGGGUCUUCCCCAACGGACAUUUUCAACAUGUUCUUUGGAGGUGGAGGAAGGAUGCAGAGAGAGAGAAAGGGGAAGAAUGUUGUCCACCAGCUUGGUGUUACACUGGAGGAGAUGUACAAAGGCUCCACCAGGAAGCUUGGACUUCAGAAGAACGUCAUUUGUGAAAAAUGUGAAGGUUAUGGUGGUAAGAAAGGUGCCUUGGAGAAGUGUUCAAAUUGUAAAGGUAAAGGAGUGCAAAUCAAGGUGCAACAGAUUGGGCCGGGCAUGAUUCAGCAGAUCCAAAGCAUGUGUUCAGACUGCCAGGGACAGGGCGAGAAGUUCAACUCAAAGGACCGCUGCAAGAACUGCCAUGGACACAAAGUAGAACGCAAGAAGAAAAUUCUUGAAGUUAACAUUGACAAAGGUAUGAAAGACGGUCAGAGAAUUACAUUCAAUGGAGAAGGCGACCAGGAACCUGGACUCGAGCCCGGGGACGUGAUCAUUGUGCUGGAUCAGAAGGAUCACCCUGUUUUCCAGAGACAAGGCGAAAAUUUGGUCAUGAAGUUGGACAUCAAACUUGCUGAGGCCUUGUGCGGUUUCAGGAAGACCAUUCGGACAUUAGACAACAGAUCGCUCAUCAUCAGCACACAGCCAGGUGAAGUAAUAAAGCACGGCGACGUCAAGUGUGUUCAGAACGAAGGCAUGCCAGUUUACAAGGAUCCGUUCGAAAGGGGACAGCUUAUCAUUCAGUUCCAGGUGGAAUUCCCAGAGAAACACUGGCUCCCGGAGCAUCUCAUGUUCCAGCUAGAAAGACUGCUUCCUCCCAGGGACGACGUGAUGAUGACGGAUGACAUGGAGGAGGUGGAUCUCUGUGAGGUGGAUGUGCGGACGCAAGAGAAAAACUACAGUAGGGAAGCUUACGAGGAAGACGAGGAGGGACCCAGAGGCGGAGUGCAAUGUCAGACCCAGUGAUCAAAGUGUGUGAUUUAAAAAAAAAAAAA